AUGGCCAAGACGGUCGAGUUCAACGUCUUCCGCGGCUCCGAGCGCGGCGAUAUCGUCCCCGACACAACCCGACGCACCCUCGACCCCGGCGAGGUCUUCGUCGAGAUCUCGCACGCGGGGCUCUGCGGCACGGAUCGCCUUUUCAAGACCCAGACGAUUGUCCUGGGACACGAGGGCGCGGGCACCGUGCGGGACGUGGGCAGCGCGGUCGAGCACUUCCAUGUCGGGGAUAAGGUUGGGUUCGGAUGGGUGCAGAAAGUGUGUGGCCACUGCGACUACUGUAUUACAGACAAGGACCAGUACUGCACUCACCGCGAGCAGUACGGCACGCAUGCCUUCGAGAUCGGCGCCUUCGCCACCCACGCCGUCUGGCACCAGAGCAUGCUGGUCAAGCUGCCUGCCGGACUAGAGUGCGAGUACGCCGCGCCGCUGAUGUGCGGCGGUGCCACGGUUUGGAGCGCGUUGACCUCGGACGGAAUCCAACCGGGGGACCGGGUCGGCAUCGCGGGCAUCGGCGGACUCGGGCACAUGGCCAUUCAGUUUGCCGCGACGCUCGGCUGCGACGUCGUGGCGUUUUCGAGCAGCGCCGCCAAACGCGACGAGGCCACGGCCUUGGGCGCGAAGGAAUUCCAUCUGCUGCAGCACGGGUCGCUCAAGGCGCUCGCGGCACCGGUCAAGCAUCUGCUGUGGUGCGGGAGUGCUCCUCCAGAUCUCAGCAAAACGAUUCCUCUCGUUGCAGCCGAUGGCACCAUCCACCUCCUGACAGCCAGCGAUCAGUCCAUUCCCGUGCCCGUGCUACCGCUAAUCGCCAACGGCAUCCGACUGCAAGGCUCGGCCGUGGCGUCGCGGUUGGCCGUGCGACGGAUGCUGCGCUUUGUGACGCUGCACGGGAUCCGGCCGAUCAUCAUGAGCUGGCCGAUGACGAUAGACGGCAUCCAGGCGGCGUUCCAGACGCUGGACGAGGGCAAGAUGCGGUAUCGUGGGGUGUUGGUGGGCCAGCGGCAUUUGAUGGGGAAGCCGGCGGUGGAGAUCAAAAAGUAG